GUGAAGAUGGGCCGCUCCUCCAAAGACAAACGGGAUAUCUACUACCGUCUUGCCAAGGAGGAGGGCUGGAGGGCCAGGAGCGCCUUCAAACUACUGCAGCUGGAUGAGGAGUUUGGCCUGUUCAAAGGGUGUAAAAGGGCAGUCGACCUCUGUGCUGCCCCAGGCAGCUGGAGCCAGGUCCUGAGCCGUAAACUCAGAGGAAAGGAGGAGAAGAGUGAAGAGGUAAAGAUAGUGGCAGUGGACCUGCAGGCCAUGGCUCCUCUCCCUGGGGUGACACAGAUCCAGGGGGACAUCACCAAGAUCUCCACUGCCCUGGAGAUAAUCAGGCAUUUUGAAGGACAGCCUGCAGACCUGGUAGUGUGUGAUGGAGCCCCAGACGUGACAGGACUCCAUGAUGUGGAUGAGUACAUCCAAGCUCAGCUCCUAUUGGCUGCCCUAAACAUUACAACACACGUCCUGAAACCUGGAGGAACAUUUGUUGCAAAGAUAUUCCGGGGGAAGGACGUGACCCUCCUGUACUCCCAGCUUAAGAUAUUCUUCAGUAGUGUGACCUGUGCCAAGCCCCGGAGCAGCAGGAAUUCCAGCAUAGAGGCAUUUGUGAUGUGUCAGAAUUACUCUCCUCCAGUAGGAUAUGUGCCCAACAUGUCCAAUCCUCUACUGGAUCACUCAUAUGAUGUAGAUUUUAACCAGCUGGAGGGACCGAACAGAAUCAUAGUUCCUUUCUUGGCCUGUGGAGACCUGAGUGCCUUUGACUCGGACCAGACCUACCCUCUCCAGUUGGAUGCCAGUAAGGAAUACAAGUACACACCCCCCCAGCCCCCCAUUCGCCCACCCUACCAGCAGGCCUGUCAACUACGCAAGAACAACCUAUUGGCCAAGGAGGACUCCCCCUCUCUUCCAUUGGAUGAAGCCCUUUCAAAUAUGGACAUUUCAACCAGUCAGGAAGAGUCAUAGUGUGUUCAGUUUAUUUAACGUUUUGCUACGUUGUGUGGCGGUUUGUACUGAACGACACGUUUACCCACAACGGAGCGCACAGUGCUUCAACGGUCUUUGUGGUAUGUUUUCUCCCAUUUGGUGGGAGGGUUGUGGCCUGAUUAAUAUGGUUAUGACCAUUUGUAAUUUCAAAACUUGUGCAGCACACCAUACACAAUCACCCUCUGGGCCACCAUAAUCACAACAUUCUUCAUCUGGUCGUUCAGAACAGCACCAUGUCCAUGGAACACUGAGCCCUGCUGAAUGCGGCAAUA